AUGGACAUAGUUGCAAGCGGUUUUGACAAAGUUGGGCUGUUAAAAAUGGCUGAUAAGUGCCUGCUAUUGUUUUACGAGAAAUGCGCUGCUGAGGUGGUCUUUGCCAGAAGAAGUGAUGCAUUCCAAGCACAUAAAAUGUAUAACAAUGUGCAGUUAGAUGGGAAGCCUAUUAAGAUUGAAAUAGCUGGUUUCAACCCUUUGUCAGCUCGUGUAAAUGUAGUUGGCGGAGCGAAGUGGAGGAGGACUGUUGUCAUGGCUCAAAGGGGCCGUGGUGGUUUCAGAAAUGCAGCUGUGCGUGGUUGUGGUCGAGGUCCAGGUCGCGUUGGUAGGGGAAAUAACAAGGGUGCUGAGAAGUCAGCUGAGGAACUUGACAAGGAGCUGGAUAGCUACCAUGUCAGCGCUGAAGCCAUGCCGACUUAG